GUAUGAAACAGGUUCCGACUCCUGUUUCGUGCAUUGUACUUCACUUUGACACGACCUCCGAAGCGGCUGCGACUUUGGUACCAGUGUGUCGCGAUCUGAUCAUUCUCUCUCGGUUCUCCUUCGCACGGCCCGAUCUAUGUCUUCCAGGCGGCCAGACACUUUCGACGGGCUCGGCUACCGCAGCGAGCCGCUGUACGGACCGAACUUCCAGGCCAGAAACACGGCAGCUUCCGCGGAGCUUCAGCAGCACUGGGUCACCACUCCUCCAGACAUCCCCGGCAGCCGCAACCUGCACUACGGAGAGCGGACACCGCUGUACGACGAGCCGCCCGGAGAGGCCGCAGGUCCCGGAGCUGCAGGAGGAUGGGAAGCACCACAACCCGGUAUGCCGCCUGCAGAGCAGCUGAAUCGCUUUGCUGGCUUCGGAAUCGGACUUGUCAGUCUGUUCACCGAGAAUGUGCUCGCUCACCCCUGCAUUGUGUUCCGCCGGCAAUGCCAGGUGAACUACCAUGCCCGCUGGUACCACCUGACACCUUUCAGUGCUGUCGCUGUCAUGUACGGCAUCACCAAGGCCCAGGGAGUGACAUCUCUGUGGAAAGGAAUGGGCAGUACUUUCAUCGUGCACGGCGUCACACUUGGAGCUGAGGGCAUAAUCAGCGAGUUCACACCAUUACCACGGGAGCUUCCUCAUCGGUGGAGCUGGAAGCAGCUGUUUGGGCAUCUGCUGCUUAAAGGGUUGACUGCUGUCGUGGCAUUGCCAUUCUACUGUGCGAGCCUCAUUGAAACCGUGCAGAGUGACAUUGUGCGCGAUGACGCUUCCUCUGGUCUCCUGGAUUGCGUUCGUGAAGGCGUCGCCCGCCUGCUGGGUGUUGGUGCACCACACAGCCGCCGGCUCCUCCCCCUCAGAGCCCUGCUCCUCCCUGCUGCGCUUCAUGCUGUGCUGCGUUACGCCAUUUCUGGUGUUGUCCAGAAGAUGGCACUGUGGUUGCACCAGCGUUCCAAGAAGCAGCAACAAGAAACCUCUAAUCCUCUGGAUGCCUACUUCCCUGAGCUGACGGCAUCGUGGGCGGGUUCUCUGGUUGCUGACAUCAUUGUGUACCCGCUGGAAACAACACUGCACCGUCUCAGCCUGCAGGGCACGCGCACCAUCAUUGACGCCACUGAUGGAAUCACUGGGACAGGAAAUGGAAGUGGCCCACUGGUUUUGCCCGUCAACACUCAGUACGAUGGUUUCCGUGACUGUCUCUCUGCUAUUCGACGGAAAGAGGGGUGGGGAGGGUUUUACCGAGGCUUUGGAGCACUUGUGACACAGUAUGUGUUACACUGCACCCUGCUGGCUGCUGCCAGGACUGCACUGAGACUGCUGCUCCUGGAGGGUGGCAAAGGGGCACUGGACAGCUAGAUGGCCGUUACCGUGGAGACAUAGCAUCACUUCCCUGGACAACUUGACAAGAGGGUGAAAAUAUCAGAAGUUUCAGUCGCUUUUUUUUUUUUUUUUUUUUUUAAACACAUUUAUGAAUAUUAAAUAUCAUUAUCCAAAAAAGUCAGUAAUGCCAUAAAUAGCAUUUUCCAGAAUUCCUAAAAUGCAAAAUAUGAAAUUGAUAAAUCUCCAUGCGGGUUACUAUAGUUAAGGAUCACAGCUCAACAUGCUAAGAGCAUACAAUGGCCAUGGAUCACUGUCAUCAUGGCUAUAAGGACCGAGAAUGUUGCUUUCGUGUGACGACACGACUCUGGAUGUAUGCAUGUUUCUGUGGUGAUGCUGCACCUGGAACAGAAGAAAAGACAUCUGAGACUCAUUGUUUACUUCAGAAUCAACACACGGCGGCCUGCUGAUGUGAAACCAUUUGCGGGCUCCGAGUUUGACCUGAAAGAAAUGUUGUUCUGAAAAUGCAGAGUUACUUCCUUCUAAGAUGUUUGUUUAUAUGUAUAAAUACACCAAUAAAUUUACUGUUUUAUUUAAAUGUUUGAAGCUUUUCUUGUAAAAAAAAAUUGUU